GGCAUUCUCAGGGCUGGGGAUCUCUCCUCUUUGGGUAAAUAGAAGGCACGACCUUCGACUCCGGUGAUUGGCCUCGAUAGUACUUGGGACAAGCGUCCUCGCCGGAGAUGUCACCGACGACGAAGAACCCUUCCUCCGAUCACUCCCCCGACGGAACCGAACUCACUGUCGAGGUGGCGGGGGCUACGGAGGAGCCCCAGUACGACUGGCGACGCGCCGCGAUCGAGGGCGGCUCCCUCCGCCACGUUGACCUCAACACCGGAUCCAACGGCUGGGCCUCCCCUCCCGGCGAUCUCUUCCACCUCCGAGGCCCCAAUUAUUUCUCCAGGCGCCAGAAGAUCCCUUCCGACGACUGGCUCCUCAAGCCCGCCGGCAUGGAUUGGCUCCGAUCCGCCUCCCGCCUCGACGACGUCCUGGGUCGCCCCGACAACCGCAUCGCCUCCGCCCUCCGCCGCGCGCACUCCCUCGGGCAGUCCGGUAAGGCCUUCCUCUUCGCCGUCAACAUCCAGGUUCCCGGCCGCGAGUGCCACUCCGCCGUCUUCUACUUCGUAGCGGAGGAUCCCAUCCCGCCCGGAUCCCUCUUCUACCGAUUCGUCCACGGCGACGACGCCUUCCGGAACGCGCGGUUCAAGAUCGUGAACCGGAUCGUGAAGGGGCCGUGGAUCGUGAGGACCGCGGUCGGGAACCACGCCGCCUGCCUCCUCGGGAAGGCGCUCACUUGCAACUACCACCGGGGGGAGAACUACCUGGAGAUCGAUGUUGACGUCGGGAGCUCCUCCCUCGCUAACGCCAUCCUCCGCCUCGCCCUGGGCUUCGUCACGGCGGUUACCAUAGACAUGGGGUUUCUGGUGGAAGCCCAGUCGGAGGAAGAACUGCCCGAGCGGCUCCUCGGCGCGGUCAGGGUGUCACAGAUGGAGAUGAGUUCGGCCACCUACGUCGAGACUCGGCCCAGGGCAGCAGAGACUGCUGGUAAAGGAGGGUUCCGGGGGCAGGCCAAGGUCAACCAUCACAACGAUCUGUCAAGGUCCGGAGAUGGCAAUGGCUGUGGCAAAGCUCAAGGUUGAGAAAAGGUGAAUGUUUUUACAGCUGAUGUGCUCCUUUUAGGAGAAAAUAGUUUAAACUUGAGGGUAUUAUGAUAUCUUCUUCUCUGUUCAAAUGCAUCAUCCUAUUGGUAACUUCUAAUAUUCAACAAGAGAGAACAGGAGGAUAUUUCAGUGCUGAAUCUACAAUAGAAAGUUAUUGUUUCAUUGAA